AGAGUAUCUGUCUGUCUCCUGCACUCCCCACACUCCUCCAACAUUCCCCACAGCAGAAACUGGAGGAGGCAGUGGAAACUAAUUUUGUGUGUGUGUAAGAGAGACAAGUGGGAGCAUAAAUAAAUGGGAAGAAAAGACGAACGACUGUACAGAGCCGCAUUUCAGCAGGGAGAAGUUGCAGAACAAGUGUGGAGGUGCAAAGCUACAGAAUCAUGUCUUUGGCAGUGAAAGAGAAGAGCCAAAUACGUCUGGUCUUCCUGGGUGCAGCUGGGGUGGGCAAGACAGCCCUGAUCCACCGCUUCCUAAUGGAUACCUUUGAGCCAAAGCAUCAGCGGACUGUAGAAGAGUUGCACACCAAGGAGUAUGAGGUGAGUGGUGCUACCAUCAAAGUUGAUAUCCUGGACACCAGCGGUAGUUACUCCUUCCCAGCAAUGCGUAAACUUUCAAUCCAGAACAGUGAUGCCUUCGCUUUGAUCUAUGCUGUGGAUGAUGCCGAAUCCUUUGAAUAUGUAAAGAUUUUGCAUAAUGAGAUCCUUGAGUUGAAAGAGGAUAAAUUCCCACCCAUUGUGGUGGUGGGCAAUAAGGCAGAAGCAGGAGGGCUUAGACAGGUCUUACCUGAGAAUGCUCUUUCCUUGGUGGAGCUUGACUGGAACAGUAGUUUCCUGGAAGCAUCAGCUAAAGAGAAUGAGAAUGUGACGGAGGUCUUCAGAGAGCUACUCCAGCAAGCCAACUUGUCCAGCCGGCUGAGCCCUGCCCUGCACAGAAGGAGGCAGACAUUUCCUGAGGAGCCACCACUGAGACCCCCCAUGAACAAAGCAAACAGCUGUACCAUCUGUUGAACUAUGUAAGGACGGUGACUGCAAGUCUUUUGAAAACUCUAGCAGGUUGCAUCCAUUGUAUCAGUGUUGUGAUAUUCUGUCAUUUUGGGGCUCUGGAGCCAUUAGCAAAACUUUUUAACUUGUCAUGACUGUGUCAUUUCUGCUCAAGGGGCCCAAAGCCACAAAUUCGAGCCUUUUCAUGUAUUCAGCUUUGAGUUGCCCAAGAAAUGAGACACCUUUCGCACCUGAGAAUUUUUGUCCUGUUUUCCAUAACCAUACCUAGUGCUAAUGUAGAGACUGAAAGAAAUGUGAAGAGCUAAGUUACACCCCAGCUAUGGAUCCAGGUUAGUCAAGGUGGAUGUCUCACAGACAAUCAUCUAUGGCAACACAGCUAGCAUCACCAAGGCAUAUAUAAUGCGCACUGAAGGCAAGAGGUCAGAAGUGUUAUGUUGAUAUUUGCUUAAAUAAGACAUUUUUAAUUUUUUAAAAAAGAAGUGCCAACAGAAACAUUUAAAUCCUGGGACACGUGUUGCUCAUUUGCACUUGUGAGUGACUGAACAUUAUGAGGGAGGAAGAGUGAUUUGGUCUCCACUGAACAGCAAGUCUGUGCAUAGAUUAUGUGCUUGUGUGAAUAUUUCUCCUCCCAGACGAUCUGUAGUUUUGCUUCUAAUAUCUCAUUGACUGUUUGCAUGCAUGUGGCCUUGUGCGGGUUUUGUUCACAAUGAGAUAACCACUGUCUGUGGCAUCUUUGCAUUGUGCCAAAAAGUGUGCAUUACCUGUCAAGUUGGUCUGUGCUCGACUACAUAUUAUCUGUGCUUUUCUAACCUUUUCAAAUGUUGUAUCUCAUAAAAGAAACCUGAAGUACAA